AGGGGUUUGUUGUCGUUUUUGGUGGAGUGAAAUCAUCUGAUCAUCGACCCGUUUUGCAGGACGAUUUCAUCAUUUCCUGUCAGUGUUUUCGUUCAAUUGCCUGCCGGAAACCCAAACUAAGGUGUACGUGGUACGGUGGGUCACAUGAGCAACUGAGCCGCGAUGUCCAAGUUACCAAUCACGGAUCCGGCCAUUCGGAUAGUACCGUCCAAGGAAUUGAAGCAAUUCAUCGGGACCAAACUGGUGGUACCGGCGUCAGCUCCUGUGACCUUGCGAAACAUACACUCGGCCUACAAUAAGGCCGGCCAGCGUGCCACCACCGGUCAAGUUGCGGAACAAUUGAAAACACCGAUUCCGAAAGCCACAGCCGAGUUCACGGCCACGGAACGUCGAGUGAUUGAAGAUUGUAUCACUAAGCAGGAGGCGGACGAUGAAACAACGGAUCAGGCAUGUGUCUUCGACUGUACCGAUGAUACUAAGCCUGCUUCGAUGAAAAACUGCCUGGGAUUAGCGGAUAUCAGAUGGCUGUUCAACGCGUUGACCGAAAUGCGUAAGACAGAUAGCACGGUUCCAUUUCUGCAUGCCCUGCUCGCCGGUUGCCCCCUGGUGAUGCCCGAGAAUCCGGUCCAGGAGCGUAAUCCCGUGCUGGAGGCACGUUGUCAGCUGCUGCGGAAGCAACAGGAAGAGCGUGAUUACAACCGGAUGACCAAGAACGUGGACAGCAUUCGAAAGCAUAUGCCCGAGGAAACGAUCGGAUAUCAAGUAAAACAGAUCAAUCGGCACCUGAUCGCGGUCGCACAGUUCCUGUUUUCCGUAGCAGCAGGAUUUGCGUUCGGAUUCAUCGGUAUUGCGCUAAUCGUAGGACAGAUGGAUUUCGGUGUGCGUCUGCUACUCGGUAUCGUCAUUGCACUCAUCAUUGCGUUGGCCGAGAUAUACUUCCUUGCGAAGCGGUUGAAUGCCGAGUACGAGCUACCGGUUCCGUCGCCGUUGGCACCGAAAGAGCCUUCUACAAAGGUCGUCGAAUCCAUUCCGAUCGAAGUGCAGCCGAAACGAGGUGGCAAAAAGAAGCAGCACAAAGAUUAAUGGUUUUUUAGUAAUGUGAUUGCUUUCGAUCGACUUCCGUUUCAUAGUCAUCAGUUACUUCAUCGUCGUUUCGUUGUUAAAUAUAAAUGUGGUCAUUUCAUCUGA